UGUAAGCUCACCAUGGUCUUCUUUCAGUACUGCAUCAUGUCUAACUACAGCUGGCUCCUCGUGGAGGGACUCUACCUCCACACUCUCCUGGUUAUUUCUUUCUUCUCGGAAAGGAAGUUCCUUUGGAGGUUCAUCGCCCUCGGAUGGGGAGCCCCAACUGUGUUUGUGGCCGCAUGGGCGACUGCUAGGCAACUCCAUGAAAAUAUUGGGUGUUGGGACAUUAACGCUAAUGCCAAUACCUGGUGGAUCAUUAGAGGCCCUGUAGUUUUGUCUAUUUUUAUUAAUUUCAUUCUUUUUGUCAACAUUUUAAGAAUCUUGAUGAGAAAGCUCAGCUCGCCUGAAGGACGGAGCAGUGAUUUCAACCAAUACAAGAGACUUGCAAAGUCAACGCUUCUCCUCAUCCCUCUCUUUGGGAUCCACUACAUCAUCUUUGCUUUUUUCCCCGAAGACGCAAGCAGUGGCACAAUGGAAAUUCAGCUGUUUUUUGAAUUGGCUCUUGGAUCAUUCCAGGGCUUUGUCGUGGCUGUACUUUAUUGUUUUCUUAAUGGUGAGGUUCAACUGGAAGUUCAGAGAAAAUGGAGGCAGUGGCGUUUAAGCAAACACUUGCGUCAGCAUCUCAGCACCUCAGCAAGUAACGGAGGAAGUGGCUUAACUCAAGAGAUGCAGACAGUGAGGUCGAGCCCACCAGAGCACAGGAGAACAACCCUCCAAAGAUCAAGCGUGCUUUAACACUGCACUCUGAAG